UAGCGUUGGUCUGCUCUUGUUGACUGUGUGCUGUCAAGUGACUCAUAAUGGUCUCAAGACAAACAUUUGCCCAAAAUGUGUCACGGAGCUGUGACGGAGUGGCUUGUGUGUUUAUAACAGGAGCCUAUUGCAGCCCACACACUUCCACUUUUGGGCACCACUCUACUGGGCCUCCUCGAAGCCAGAAGAAGAAGAAGAAGAAGAAGAAGAAGAAGAAGUCAUCCUUGUUGGAGAUGGAGAAGUUGGCCUUGCUGCUGCUGUUUUGCCUCCCGCAUGUUGUGGUGCGCCUGAGCAGUGCACAGCCGUGGAAGCAGCGGUUCGAGUGGGAGAACAACGGACGGGUGUACAGUUUACUGAGCACGGGGACCCAGUACAGAGCGCCCGCGCAAUCCAGAGGCCGAACCCAGGUCCUGUUGACCACCAUCAACCGAGCUCACCUCAAGCCUCUGCCGAGAGCAUCCGGUCACGUGGGCGCUGCCGAGGCGCGUCACAAUUCGGUUCCAAGGGACCAACCGUGGACGCCCCGAAGUGCAGCGGUCUCCACCGGUCUGGAGUUCUCCGGAGCGGGACAAAACGCAUCUGCGGACGACACCGGCGCCUCCACGCAAUCCUCUGCGUCUUUUACGCACACACCCGAACCGGUGAAGCCGACGCCUUUAGCCACGGUUGCCAGUAAUGAUGGAGGGGACGCGACACAAGCUCCAAACACGGAGCGCAGAGCUGAACCGGAACCAACUGACCCACCGGCGACACUGUCUAGAAAUGUGGUCGAGGUACAUUACACUCAACAGAGAACCGAUCCGAUCCGCACCACCACGGACACGAGCCAGCCACGGCGGGAUCCACACGGUAUCCAGCACAGGAACUCCGUUUUCUAUAACGUUUACCCUCCGGACCAAAGGAACAGGGUCCCCGCGCGACCGGUUCUACCAGGACCGGGCCACGGUACCAGCUUCUUCCAUAACGGUCUCCCAGACUUGAUUCCUGACCCGUAUUACAUCCAAGCUGCGUCAUAUAUUCAGAGAGUGCAGAUGUUUGCACUCCGCUGCGCCGCUGAGGAGAACUGCCUGUCCAGGUCUGCAUACCAUCCGAGUGUGGGUGAGCUGGAUUACAGGGUUCUUCUCAGGUUUCCCCAGCGUGUGAAGAACCAAGGAACUGUGGACUUCCUCCCAAAGAAGUCCAGACACGAGUGGGAAUGGCACAGCUGUCAUCGGCACUACCACAGCAUGGAGGCCUUCAGUAACUACGACCUGCUGGAUCCCUCCAAUGGACGCAAAGUGGCCGAGGGCCACAAAGCUAGUUUCUGUCUGGAGGACACGUCAUGUGAACGUGGCGUGCGGAGGCGCUUUGCCUGCACCGCUCACACGCAGGGGCUCAGUCCAGGUUGCUUUGACACCUACCACGCCAACAUCGACUGCCAAUGGAUCGACAUCACCGACGUGCCGCCAGGAAACUACACACUCCAGGUGACUGUGAACCCCUAUAAACUCGUCGAGGAGUCGGAUUUCUCGAACAACGUGGCAAAGUGUGACAUCCGGUACACAGGAAUCUACGUGCAAGCAGCAAACUGCAGGAUCACAAAGAGCUGACCUGAGUGACAGCACUUUGCUGAAGACGAGUUCUGCUGCUGAAAUAGUUCUUCAUGUACUACAAUGUUGCUAAAACAACCAAGUGAGAAUUUUAAAGAAUUACUUUCUGUCUUUUUUUAUGAGAAUGUUCAGUUGCUAAACAAUGCAUGAGUGUUGUCUAUUGUAUAACAACAGAAAUAUGUCUGUAACUGAAUAGGUGCUUUUUGUUUUGUUGAUAAAAUAGAAUGGAAAAGCAAAGGUGGGGAAAAUAAGUGUUGUUUAGCAUUGAGGCCUUCUGUAAUAUAAAAAAAUUGUUUCUUGCAUGUAUUGUUUAUAGUCUUUCCCCUUUUUUUACCCUCACAAUUGUAUAUUUAUAAAAGUGCAUUUUAAUGUAUGAACUGUUAUUAUCUAAGAGUGCCAUUCCGCUAUUCUCUUUCUUUUAAAAAGUCCCGGCAUUACGGGUAUACUGAAACUUAAAAUUGCUCAUCAUACCUGUCACAACAGUAUGCUUAUUGUCACGCGUUGCACCCAGCAAUA